GAAGGGAGAGAGCGAAAAUCUCGGUUCUGGUAAAGCGUGGGAGGAAACUGGAGUAAAAGUAUUACACACAACAAUAGAUUACCAAAUAACUUGAAUCAUAUAUAAACCAAAAUUAGUUCACGUGUGGUAGUAGGUACUUCUUUUGUCUGUGUGUGCAUAGCAAUUCGACUUGGCGUAACCUAAUUUCUGCAGCGAAGUGGCAUCAGUUUGUGUUCUGAAUAUUGUGAAUACUGCCUGUUGGAUACAAAAUGUUCGACAAAGUUGCCACUCUUACUGUUCUUGUAACAUUCUUGUCAUGCACCAAGAGCGAGCCUCCAAGUACCGACUAUGGGACUCCUCUUGGAGCACCAAUCAGCAGUUAUGGUACUCCAAAUUACAAUACGGAUAACUACGGGGAUCACAACAAUCAUGAUCAUGGUGGAGAGCCAAAAUCCUACGAAUUCGGUUACCAAGUGAAAGACGACUACACAGGAACCGACUACAACAGGCAGGAAUCCAGCGACGGAAAUCAAGUUCGUGGGCAAUACAGGGUGGCCCUUCCAGACGGUCGCACCCAGAUCGUGACAUAUUGGGCAGACUGGCAGAGCGGGUUCCAUGCUGAUGUCAAGUAUGAAGGGGAAGCUCACUAUCCUGAACAGUACAACAAGGGAGGCAACGGAGGAGGGUACAAUAAUGGAGGUUACAACGGCGAUGUGUCCAGCCAGUAUGGUGUUCCCGCAUAUGCCAACGGGUAUCAAUCUGGAUCAGCAGCAAGUUCAGGAGCGAUCAACAAUUUAGCAGGUGGCCAUGAUAACUACAACUACAAUAGCAAUAACAAUAACAACAAUUAUGAUUCAUACAACAAUGGAUACAGCAAAGCACCACCAAGUACUGUAUAUGGUCCGUUGUAGGUGUUGUAUUGGGAAAACUUGUUGACCUCUGUAUGUGUCAUGAAAUUUAAUAUUGAAUCUCAUAAUGAUGUUACAAUGCUUUGUAUAUAAUGCUCUUGAUAAGUUAUUUUAAUCACGCCAGUAUUUUGUAUUUUUUAUAAUAAAUAUUCAUGUUAUA